AUGAGCAAGUUACACAUUGGUGCCAGAUCAAAGUUUAUAAAAGGCUCUGUAAGUCAACACUCUUUUCAUUCAGAAAAUCACCUCUUCACCUCUACAAAAAAACAAAACAUGUGCUACGGAAUCGAAGUUAUCGCUUGGGAUCUUUUGGUCGUCGUUGCCAUCAUUAUGCUGAUCGUUUGGAUCUUGGGUCUCGUCCACGUUUAUACCAUCCCAACUGGAGGUCUUUUCCACAUCUUCAUCGUCUUGGCAGUCAUCUUCUUGAUAGCUUGGAUCUUCGUGCGCUGCUGUGGAUGCGGUGGUCGCUACAGACGCCGUCGUGCUGGUGGCCCCAUCGUAUAA